UGCAGCCAUAAAUGUGAAUCACACCGCAAAGUAUCGGUAAUCGGUAUUGGCCAGUCCUUGCAGCUAGUACAUUUGCUGCCCUUGUCCUUAAAAAGUGUUACUAAACCCCAGACCCUGCAUUCACUAUAUCUGUCCCUCUCCCCGGACCCCGCAUUCACUAUAUCUGGUCUCCCCGGACCCUGCAUUCACUAUAUCUGGUCUCCCCGGACCCCGCAUUCACUAUAUCUGGUCUCCCCGAACCCCGCAUUCACUAUAUCUGGUCUCCCCGGACCCCGCAUUCACUAUAUCUGGUCUCCCCCGGACCCCGCAUUCACUAUAUCUGGUCUCCCCGGACCCUGCAUUCACUAUAUCCGGUCUCCCCCGGACCCUGCAUUCACUAUAUCCGGUCUCUCCGGACCCUGCAUUCACUAUAUAUGGUUUCCCCGGACCCUGCAUUCACUAUAUCCGGUCUCCCCGACCCCUGCAUUCACUAUAUCUGGUCUCCCCGGACCCUGCAUUCACUAUAUCCGGUCUCCC